UCGCCGCGCGAUUGAAGCUCUACGACGGGGUGACGUCAUCCCGGGGCAGGGGCACUUGACCAGCAUCAGCGGCUCGGCGGCCCCUCUCGCGCCAGUCGUAGUGCCGCCCAAGAACCAGCAUGAGGCAUGUCGGCAUUACGAUCAGAAUCUGCUGUCCAAUCCGGAGGCGAACCACAAUAUUACCUGGCUGAUCGCAAUCCUCCCAGAGAAUAUUAGUUGUUGGCCGCCGAAGACCUGUUGCCACUUGUGCGCCCCAGCGUGCAGCACCAUCGUGGUCGCCCGGCUGGAAGUAUGCACGCGAGCGACCAAGCUGUUAGCGAGUUGGCUGCUCCACUCAUCUUGGAUGAUGGCAACCACCCUUGUGCUGCGUGGGCAGAUACGACCCACGGCAACGGCAGAUGUUUCCAAUAGUUGGUCGCGCGUACCUAUACUUCCUACACUUAUCGUUUGCACGGUCCAGAACCGCUACAUCUCUUCAGGGGAUUGCCGUAUCUUGAAGAAAUAUUUGAGCCACGAACUAUAGCUUUACAGACGAUCACACCUGCGCUUAUCCUGAAAGUACAGGAAUUCUUCUGACGCUCAUUUAACAUUGCCGCAGCGGUAUAUCAGCGCGCCCCGCCCGCCGGCGACGACGACUUCGACCCGGCGGCCCUCGUCAUGACCGGCGCGAGCUGCCUCUGCCUCUGCCUCCUGCCGCUGCUGGCGUGCUCCGCGCUGGAGGCGCCGCCCCCGUGCGACAGUCAAAUAUACUGCUAUGGAGACCUUCUACACACAGUACAGAUGGCUGAAAUAUUCAAAGACAGCAAAACUUUUGUUGACAUGAGCCUGAGAUAUAACACUUCUGAAACUCUUGCAAUGUUCCAAAAGUUCAUGGACGAGAACGGACCCGACCCGACGAAGCAACAAACAAAAGUGUUCGUGGACAGCACCUUCGUGGCCAACGACGAACUCGUGUACUCGGAGCCGGAGGACUGGAAGGAGAACCCGAAGUUCUUGGAGAGGAUACGCGACGGCAACUUCAGGCAAUGGGCUUUCGAACUGAACGCCUUGUGGAAGAACCUGUCCCGGAGAAUCUCCGACGACGUGAAGGUCAAUCCGCACAGACACUCCAUUCUUUACGUCCCGAACGCCUUUAUCAUUCCCGGGGGCAGGUUCAGGGAGUUCUACUACUGGGACACGUACUGGAUCGCGAACGGCCUGCUGCUGAGCGAGAUGAAUCGCACGGUGAAGGGCAUCAUCGGCAACAUGCUGCACCUGGUGGACGAGUACGGCUUCGUCCCCAACGGCGGCCGCAAGUACUACCUGGAGCGGUCGCAACCCCCCAUGCUGAUACCCAUGAUGGGGAAGUACCUGGCGGCGACCAGCGACACCACCUUCCUCAGGGAGAGCUUCAAGCUGCUCGAGAAGGAGUACUACUUCUGGAUCAACAACAGGACCGUGGACGUCGAGAAGAACGGCAAGACGUACAGGAUGGCGCGCUACCACGUGUUCUCGUCGGGACCGCGGCCCGAGUCGUACAGAGAGGAUUUCAUGACGACCCAGCAUCUGAAGAACGAAGUAGAUAAAACAACGCUGUACAUGAACCUCAAGUCUGGCGCCGAGGCGGGUUGGGAUUUCUCCAGUCGCUGGUUCAUCAAUAAUGGAACAGAUGAAGGCACUAUUAAAAACCUUGAUGUAAUGAACAUCAUCCCAGUGGACUUAAAUGCAUUCCUCUACAAAAAUGCUCUCUUGCUGUCUGAAUUCUCUUGGAUCCUGGGAAAUGUUGAGCAAAGUCUACUUUACAUGCAUGAGGCAAAACUCUGGCAGGAAGCCGUGACAGAUGUCCUUUGGAAUGACGACGCAGGAGUGUGGCUCGAUUAUGACUUGAAAAACAACAUCAGCAGGAACUACUUCUACCCAUCAAACGUUGCACCUUUGUGGACGAAAUGUUACAGUCAAGAAGAUAAGGUAGCAGUCUCGAAGAAGGUGCUGGCGUACCUGGCAGCGCAGAAUAUCACCCAGUACGCGGGCGGCGUGCCCGCCUCACUGGCGCUGACGGGUGAGCAGUGGGACUUCCCCAAUGCCUGGCCGCCCCUGCAGAUGCUCAUUAUCCAGGGGCUAGCUGCCACCGAGGUCAAGGAGUCCCAGCAGCUGGCGGAGCAGCUGGCCAGGAACUGGAUCAGGGCCAACUACAAGGGGUACUCGCAGUCGGGUGACAUGUUCGAGAAGUACGACUCUCUGAUACCUGGUCGCUAUGGCUCUGGAGGAGAGUACAUAGUACAAUCUGGUUUUGGAUGGACCAACGGCGCAGUACUCGAACUGCUCAAUAUGUAUGGGCCUACUGUGCUAUCUUCGGACAAACCAACACAAAGAAUACGGCCUUCACAGUCGAGUAACACCAGGCUAAAGGGAUCGUCAGUGACAACUUGACGCUUGGAGUUGGCUACUUGGUAAUGUGAACACACAGGUUGAAAUAUGCGUCCUUUCAAGAGGAGAAGAGUAAAGCUUACCUAGUUUAAUGUAUUUAUAUUAAAUUAUAACUAAAGUUGGCUGGUACUCUAAAACUGAUUGUAAAUUAUUUUUUUGAGAACAAAUAGCAAAGAAUAAAAUCAAGGGAUUGCCUACAAUAUCAACCCAUAAAUAAAAUAUUUUCAAUGUUGUAUAAAAUAGGUAAACAAGGAUUAACAUGUACAUUAUACAUCACUAACUUUAAAGUACAAAUGUCAUAACUGUUUUAAACAGACAUUUAUAGGCUGAUCCUAGUUGAGAAUGAAAUAAUAAAAUUAAAUGCCUUGGAAA